AAGUUCCGUGGUGUCUCCGCUAUGUUGUCAGUUGGUUUUUGUACGUUGCGAAGACAAAGAGACAUUGCACAUUCAUGAUAUGAUGUGAUUCCUCUAGCUAGAGUCGUGGCGGUGAAGAUUUCAGGUCAUCUCGAAAUUGCGUGUCCAAGUUCAUCUCAGAGUUGCCCCCGACAAGUCCCAGCUGGAAGUCACUAGGCGGUCCCACUCCCCGCCAUCCCGUACAAAAACAAAUCUCGUGCAUAAAACCACCACGACAUCAGGCAGCACAGCAGCAAGGAGAGGAUGGCGGGGAUCCCGGUGAUCGACCUGCAGCUCGCCGCCGCGGCGCCGGAGGAGGCCGCGCGGCUACGGGACGCGGCCCAGCGCCUGGGCUGCUUCCGGGUGGCAGGCCACGGCGUGCCGCGCGUGCUCCAGGACGACAUGAAGGCCGCCGUGCGCGCCCUCUUCGACCUCCCCGACGACGCCAAGCGCCGCAACGCCGACGUCAUCUCCGGCAGCGGCUACGUCGCGCCGAGCGCCACGAACCCGCUCUACGAGGCGUUCGGCCUCUACGACGCCGCGUCCCCCGCCGACGUCGACGCCUUCUGCGCCUCCCUCCACGCGCCACCGCACAUCAGGGAGACCAUUAGAAGGUAUGCGGAGAAGACGCACGGGCUAAUCGUGGACGUGGCGGCGAAGCUGGCCGCGGGCCUCGGCCUGGAGGAGCCCGAGGCCGACCGCAUGUUCCAGGACUGGCCGUGCCAGUUCCGCAUCAACAGGUACAACUACACGCCGGACACCGUGGGGGAGACCGGCGUGCAGGUCCACACGGACUCCGGCUUCCUCACCGUUCUCCAGGAGGACGACCGCGUCGGCGGCCUCGAGGUGGCGGACCUGGACACCGGCGAGUUCGCGCCCGUGGACCCGGUCCCGGGCACCUUCCUCGUCAACCUCGGCGACGUCGCCACGAAAAGCCAUACCAAACGAAGUUCAAACAUGAUGAAACUUUACGGUGAUUUUUCCUGGACCAGGAGAGACCCUAGAAGUUUCGGGGGGAGGCCACAAGAUCUAGGGGAGAUCCACAAGCUCACAUGGUGCAUCCCCAGGGGGCGUCACCUGACCUUGUGGGCCCCACAUAGCUCCGCUUGACCUAAUUUCAUGCCUAUAAAUUUCCAUGAAUCCGUAAACCACCAGAGCAAGACCUGAUACAAUUUUAUCGCCGCCCUAAUCCUCUGUUCUUCCGCGAUCCCAUCUGGAGGCCUCCGCUGGUACUCUGCCAGAGGGGGAAUCGAUCACGGAGGCCAUCUUCAUCAACCUUGUGGCCUUCAUGAUGAUGUGUGAGUAGUUCCCGCAGGACCUACGGGUCCAUAGCAGUAGCUAGAUCUCUCUCUCUCUCGCUCUCUCUCUCUCUCUCCCUCUUUCUCUCUAAUCUUCAAUACAAUGAUCUCUUCGAAGAUCCAUUCGGUGUAAUCUUUGCGGUGUGUUGGUUGGGAUCCGAUGAAUUGUGCGUUUAUGAUCAUAUUGUUCAUUGAAAGUAACUGAGUCUUUUCUGAGAUUUAUUAUGUGUGAUUC